AUGCUUUUGCCCAUAACACUUGCCCACAAGGCCAAUCGCCACCUAUCUGUCAUUGCAACUCCACCGCAACCCCCCUUGUGUGUGUGUGUGUUUAUAUAUACGUGGGCUCUGCAAAUUUCUUGAAAAUAUUGGUGUUUGCUCUCUGAAUUCUUCUCAAUUCCCGUUGUUUUGAUUUUCUUGAUGAUUCAAUGCUCGGGAGUUGGCCUUCCUUCGACCCUCACAACUUCAGCCAGUUCAAGCCCAAUGAUCCUGCCAAUCCUUCGAAAAUGACGCCUGUUACGUAUCGGCCUACUCAUGACCGCACCCUCCCACCACCUGAUCAGGUUAUAGCUCCUGAAGCCAAAAACAUUCUUUUGAGACACUUUUAUCAACCGGCCGAAGAGAAGCUGAGAAGCAAGAGAGCCCCUUGUGAUAAUCCGUCACCAGAGAGGGCAUCGAAGCUUCCCAGGCCGUCUGCUUCUGAUAACUCCAUCUGAGGUUUAUAAAACUUGUGAAUACUGUUCUCCAUGUAGAUGCUAGUAUAGAGUAUGUGUGUUUACUGAAAACUCAUGGGCAAGGUUCGUUGGUACUCGUUUGUUGUGAACUUAAGGGGGUGUUUAUUUUUAAGCACAUAUAUAAAUAAAAAUUGGUAAAUUGCGUUGUUAGCA